AUGAGCACCGACACAGUCUGCAAGACAGAGCAGGACUCGGAGCACCACGGCGAGCUGGCCGACUUGGUGGCAGCCAUGAACGUGGCCGCCAACCGCUCAGCCCCACCGAAUGGCUACAAGUCCGGUGGUCCGAGGACCACCAGGGUCUCGGACAGGAAGAUGUCCCUGCAGGAGAGAGGGAGCCGCAUGCCCCGACAGCCCACCAUCGAGACCAAACGUGUGUCCAUCACAGAUGCUGAUGAUUGUGUCCAGCUCAACCAGUAUACGUUGAAGAAAGAGAUUGGAAAGGGUUCAUAUGGAGUGGUGAAAUUAGCUUAUAAUGAAGAUUCGGAGCAGUACUACGCGAUGAAAGUGGUUUCAAAGAAGAGGCUGAUGAAGCAGUGUGGAUUUUUGCGCCGCCUACCUCCUCAAGGAUCAAACGCUGCAUUUCCUCUGGAGAAAAUGUACAAAGAGAUCGCCAUCCUGAAGAAACUGGACCAUCAUAAUGUUGUUAAACUGGUGGAGGUGCUUGAUGACCCUGAUGAAGAUGGACUUCAUAUGGCCUUCGAUUUGAUGACAAAGGGACCGGUGAUGGAGGUGCCGACAGACGACCCUUUCACAGAGGAGCAGGCUCGCUUUUACUUCAGAGACCUCGUCCUGGGAAUAGAAUACUUGCACUACCACAAGAUCAUCCACAGGGACAUCAAGCCCUCCAACCUGCUGCUGGGGGACGAUGGUCACGUCAAGAUAGCAGACUUUGGUGUGAGCAACGAGUUUGAGGGGACGGAUGCCCUCCUGUCGAGCACGGCGGGGACGCCGGCCUUCAUGGCCCCCGAGAUGAUGACCGAACACGAGCAGAGCUUCAGCGGGAAGGCAUUAGACAUAUGGGCGAUGGGAGUCACACUCUACUGUUUUGUCUUUGGGAAGUGCCCUUUUUAUGACAAAUACAUCAUCGCUCUGCACACCAAGAUCAAGAACACACCUGUGGAGUUUCCAGAGACACCAUUAAUAAGUAACGGAUUGAAGGACCUCAUUGAGAGGAUGCUGGAUAAAAAAUCUGAAACAAGAAUCACCAUUCCUGAGAUUAAGCUCCAUGUGUGGGUGACGGAGAACGGCUCCGACCCUCUUCCUCUGGAGGAAGAGCACUGCACAGCGGUGGAGGUCACUGAGGAGGAGGUGCAGAACAGCGUCAAACUCAUCCCUAGUCUUUCCACUGUGAUUCUGGUGAAGACCAUGCUGAGGAAGCGGUCUUUCAGUAAUCCCUUUGAGUGUCUGGGCAGACGGCCAGGGAGGUCCAUGUCUGCCCCUGGAGGUCUUCUGACUGGCUCUUGGGGCUUAUUGGGGCCUUCGCCUCAGCUUCAUCCUUCCUUGAGGAAAAUCAGCAAAGAGGGAAGCAGAGAGGAGUUGGAGGACUUGUAUGAAGAUGAAGCAUUGACAGAGUUACCAGAUUAA